GCAGUCAGACACUCAGAGGGACUUGGCUCUCCUUUUGAAGCUUGCAUAUCUCCAGCUUUCUUUUGCUCAACCAGCGGACAAUCUUUAACUCUGCCAAGAUGAGGAAGGCAAUGUCAACCACAAGCUCAACCAGUGUCAGAAGAUCCUAUGCCACACCAGUCAGCUCUGUCUCCCAGAGCAGCAUUAGUUCCAGUUAUGGUGCUGCACCCAGCUACUCUGGUGGUUUCAGCAGCAUGUCUUUGACAAGGUCAGGAAGCUAUGGUCUUGGUUUCAGCCAGCAAAGUUCUGUGCCACCUCAAAUUACAGCUGUCCAGGUUAACCAGAGCCUGCUAACUCCGGUGAAUGUGGAUAUUGAUCGAUCCAUUGAGGUUAUCCGCACCCAGGAGAAGGAACAGCUCAAGUCCCUCAACAACCGCUUUGUCUCCUUCAUCGACAAGGUCCGUUUCCUGGAGCAGCAGAACAAGAUGCUGGAGACCAAAUGGAGCCUCCUGCAGGAACAAACCACAACCCGCUCCAACAUUGACGGCAUGUUCGAGGCCUACAUUUCCAACCUCCGCAGACAGCUUGAUGGGCUUGGAAAUGAGAAGGUCAGGCUGGAGGGAGAUCUGAAGAACAUGCAAGGCAUGGUUGAGGACUUCAAGAUCAAAUAUGAGGAUGAAAUCAACAAGCGUGCAGGUGCUGAGAAUGAGUUUGUGGUCUUGAAGAAGGAUGUCGAUGCUGCCUACAUGAACAAGGUGGAGCUGGAGGCUAAAGUUGAUGCUCUUCAGGAUGAGAUCAACUUCCUCAGGGCUGUGUAUGAAGCUGAGCUUCGCGAGCUGCAGGGCCAGAUUAAGGAUACCUCUGUUAUUGUGGAGAUGGACAACAGCCGUAAUCUUGAUAUGGAUGCCAUUGUAGCUGAAGUGCGUGCUCAGUAUGAGGACAUUGCAAAUCGCAGCAAGGCUGAAGCAGAGACCUGGUACAAACAGAAGUAUGAUGAGAUGCAGAGCUCUGCAGGACAGCAUGAGUCAGACCUGCGCUCAACAAAGGCUGAGAUUGCUGAGCUGAAUCGCCUGAUUUCACGUCUUCAGAAUGAGAUCGAAGCCAUCAAGGCACAGAGGGCCAACCUUGAGGCUCAGAUUGCAGAGGCUGAGGAACGUGGUGAGCUUGCGGUAAAGGAUGCCAAGGCUCGCAUCAAAGAUCUGGAAGAUGCUAUGAAUAGAGCCAAGUCAGAGAUGGCCCGGCAGGUACGCGAAUACCAGGACCUGAUGAACAUCAAGCUUGCCUUGGACAUUGAGAUUGCCACCUACAGGAAACUGCUGGAGGGAGAGGAGUCCAGACUGGCCAGUGGAGGAUCCAGUGCCACAGUCCAUAUGCAGCAGACAUCUGGAAGUGGUGGACUGUCCAGGGAAUUCGGUGGCAUGUCUGGUGGUUAUGGUGGUACCAUCACCAAGUCUGUCACCACACAAAGCAGUUCCAAAAGAUUCUAUUAAAGCCUUUUAAAAGGAGAGCCACUCUUUGUACCCCUCAGAAACUUUUGAAUUCAUGCUAAAUCUCUGCCCUUUCAUGAUGCUAAGCUAUAAUGUAACGUGUUCAAGAAAUGAACUGAGCAACCCAAAAAAAUUAGCAAUUCUUAAAACUGGAAACUAUUUUCUGUUCUAUUCAACAACAUAUAAUAGAAGUUUCUGAAGGCUCAAGUCAGUUAACAUGGCAAUGUUUUUUUCUUCCUGCACUGACAUACAAUAAACAAGGAAAAUGAGAAACAAAGGUUAA